AUGAAGAAUAUCUUCUCCAAAAAGAUAACACCAACCACCAUCACUACCAAUGUCGAGAAGGCUACUGAUCCCUCCAUGCAAGAAAUGGACUGGUCCCUCGUCUUUGCCAUAUGCGAUGUAGUCAACAAUACCGAGCAAGGUGCCAAGGAAGCUCGUAAGCUGUUGCAGAAGAAGAUGUUGGCUGAUCAACCACAAACACAAAUACUUGCACUCGAGCUACUCGAUGCUUUAUCUCAAAAUUGCCAAGCCAAAUUCCAAAGCCAGUUGUCUGCAAAAUCAUUUGCUGAGGAUUUGGACACGUUAGCUACGAGCAAGUCUUCCAACGAUCAAGUUCACAGCAAGCUGGUUACGUGCCUUCAAAAUUGGGUGACGCGAUAUGGUGCUGACCCAGGCUUCAUUGGUGUGCAUCGUGUCUAUGAAAGAUUGACGCAUGGAACAUCACAUGCUCCUCCUCCAAGACGUGGCACUCAAAAUCUUGUUUUUCGGCUUGCAACCCCAGCACAAUUCCAAUUACAACAACAGCAACACCAUAGACAGCAACAGCAACAACAACAACAACAGCAACAGGCUUCUGCGGAUCCAGCAAGCGAUGUGUUACUAGCCAAGAACAACGCUCAGUUAUUCUCACAAACGUUAUCAUUCACGGAUCCCACGCAAGAGGACAUUACAAAGAAUGAGCUGAUACAAGAGUUUUAUGGCAAAUGCAAAAUGUUCCAAAAGAUCCUGGCACGACAUUUGGAGACCUGCAAUGACUCUGAUAUCAUUUCGUCCCUAUUGGAAGCCAACAGUGAGUUGGUGACGGCCUUUAAGGCGUACGACGAUAUGCUGGAGCGGCGUGCAAUGAACGAAGCAACAAGAAAUUCCGAAACACUGCACAACCGAAGCACACGACCGCAUCAACAACAACAACAAGAGGGUGAUGUCGAUUUACUUGGGCUUGGCGAUAGCAGCAGUGGAAGUAACAAUCCUUUCCAUCAACCUCGACCAGCUGAUGGUGGUAGCAGCAGCUCAUCAUCACAACAACCUGCUGUGAAUUUCGACCUGCAUGGCGGAGGUGACAACAACAAGAAUGCAACAUCAACAGCAGCACCCUUGGUGGCGGUUGAUCCCUUUGAUCCAUUCGCUGAUACGCAACGAGUUGCAGAAGGCAAUACAUCAUCAUCAUCACCAUCAUCGGGUGAUGCAGGUCGUUCGACUAAUAACUUGCCUCCGCCACUUACCCCUCAAAAGAUGUACGAGUAA